AUGCCAAGUCUGUUAAACGGCGCAAAAUGGAUACUAACGACGUCGAGAUCUUCGGCGCCGUUGCCGGACACUGUCCGAUAUUCUCCCGCUCUUCAGCCGAUAAUCUGUGGAACUCCGCAAACUCCACGCGCGGAUGGAUUGGCCGACACUCGGCGACCUCUUCCGGUGAUCUCAUCCCAUCCGGCUCCGGCUCGGCCGAGCCUUCCGCCUAGCCGCUGCCAAGUGCCCUUUUUGGUGGCUCUUGGCCCGGUGAUCUUCGCCAGGAACGCUGAGGCCGAUCGCAGCACCGCAGCUGCGCAGGCCCACGGACAGCUCGGGGGAUGUUCAACGAUCGGCGGAGGCUCAUCGCCGCCUCCCCUGGAUGAUCUGGAUCCAUCGCCAAAGGCCGAAGUUAAUGGCGAGCCGACAGCCAAGCUUGUCAGUGUCCCCAGAGCUAAGGUAUCAGGUGAAAGUAGCCGACGAAGAAACGUCUGCAAUCUUGGUGAUGACGAGUUUUUGAGUUUGCGUCGUCAAAAGACUAAAAUUCUCCGUGGCGCCUCAGGAACGAAUACCCAACGGGAUGGACAGAGUUGCUGCACUCUGGGCCCUGGGUCAAGGUGUUCACCGACUGCCAUCCCAAUUGUGCUGUCAUAG